UGAGCGGAGCCGCCGGUUACAUCAUGUCCUGUUAUGUCAUCUGAGGCCCCGGAGCCGCCAUCCGCCCCACAUAACAGGACGUGUGAACAGAGCCCGAGAACGCCUGCGGCUUCUACACUGCCCGGGGAGGCCGGAGAUAUAUCUGUAUAUAACACUGCGGGUAUAUACCAUGUAUACAGGACACUGCAGUCAGACACUGUGAGAUAUGGGCCGCCUUAAACUGCGCCUCCUCUUGCGGUUACUGCUCUUCCUCAUCCUCGCCCUGAAGAUCCUGUCAGCUGCCGACUUUGAUCCUUACCGUAUUCUGGGCGUGAGCCGGACGGCGAGCCAGGCGGACAUUAAGAAAGCCUACAAGAAGCUGGCCAGAGAGUGGCACCCCGAUAAAAACAAGAACCCCGGAGCGGAAGACAAAUUCAUCCAAGUCAGCAAAGCUUAUGAGAUUCUAUCGAACGAGGAGAAGAGGACGAACUACGACCGAUACGGAGACGUUGGGGAGAACCAGGGCUACUCCCAGCAGCAGCAUCACCACUUCAGACACUUCCACGACAGCUUCUAUUUCGAUGAGUCCUUCUUCCACUUCCCCUUUAAUUCUGAGCGCAGGGAUUCUACCGAUGAGAAAUAUCUCCUGCAGUUCUCCCAUUACAUCAAUGAGGUCGUCCCCGACAGCUUCCGCAAACCUUACCUCAUCAAGAUCACCUCCGACUGGUGCUUCAGCUGCAUCCACAUCGAGCCUGUAUGGAAAGAGGUGGUGCAGGAGCUGGAGGGGCUAGGUGUUGGCAUAGGAGUGGUGCAUGCUGGGUACGAGAGGCGUCUUGCUCACCAUCUCGGCGCACACAGCACCCCGUCCAUUUUGGGGGUGAUUAAUGGGAAAAUCUCCUUCUUUCACAAUGCCGUCUUAAGGGAAAACCUCCGACACUUUGUGGAAAGUUUACUGCCAGGAAAUCUAGUGGAUAAGAUCACAGAUAAGAAUUACGUCCGCUUCCUAUCCAGUUGGCAGCAGGAGAAUAAGCCCCACAUCCUACUAUUCGAUCAAAUGCCCCCUGUCCCCCUGAUCUACAAGCUGACUGCGUUUGCCUAUAAGGAUUACCUGUCCUUCGGAUACGUGGACCUCGGCCAGAGGGAGACGGAGCAGAUGAGCAGUCAGUACAAUAUUAACAUGUACGCCCCGACCAUGCUGGUCUUCAAGGAGCACAUUCACAAACCCGCCGACGUGGUGCAGGCACGUGGGAUGAAGAAACAAGUGAUUGAUGAUUUCAUUUCUACCAACAAAUUCCUCCUGGCCGCCCGGCUGACCAAUCAGAAGCUCUUCCAGGAGCUGUGUCCUGUCAGGAAAUCUCACCGCCAGCGCAAAUAUUGUGUCGUUCUGCUUACUGGGGAAGGUGAACCCUUCAGAAAAACCUACGAUUCCUUCUUGGCUUUUGCUUCCGCCAAUACCAAAGAUACUGUCCGGUUCGUCCACGUCUAUAAGGAGCGACAACAAGAAUUGGCCAGCUCGCUGCUCGGUGAAGAUAUCAAGCCUGGAGACUCCUCGGUGGCGAUCCUGGAGAGACGGAACUCGGCCGGCAGAAUAGUCUAUAAGACCCUGGCCAGCGUCUGGAGUGGGAGUGAGGAGAACAAGUUUGCUCUCCUGGAUUUCUUAGAUCGCUUGAGAAAAGACCCCAGUGUCCUGUCUGCGGAGGCCAUCCUGUCCGACCUGAAUGACGAGCUCGCUCCUGUGUUUUUCCUCCGUUGGUUCUACACUGCAGUUGACUACUGGUCGGAUGUAUGGGAGAGCGUCCUACAUAAUAACUGGAGGGAGAUGAUGCCGCUGCUGUCCCUCAUUUUCUCGGCUCUCUUCAUCCUCUUCGGGACGGUCAUCGUUCAGGCCUUCAGUGAUUCCAGUGAUGAGAGAGAUUCUGUUCCAUCUGAUAAAGAGGAGCCUGGUGACAGGGAGAAGAGCAGCGAGGCCAACUUCACCAAGGAGAAUACUAGCAGGGUGCCUAAGAAAGGCUUUGUGGAGGUGACAGAGUUAACAGAUGUAAACUAUAUGAGUAACCUUGUGCGGCUGCGCCCCGGCCACAUGAACGUCGUCCUUAUCCUCUCCAGCUCCACCAAGGCCAGCCUGCUGCAGAAGUUUGCCCAGGAAGUGUACACGUUUACAGGGAGCAGUUCCCUUCACUUCUCUUUCCUGAACCUGGACAAGCACCGCGAGUGGCUGGAAUACCUGCUGGAGUUCGCCCAGGACGCGGCGACCAUCGCCUACCAGUACGACGAGCACUUCCUGGAGCGCGACUACACCGGGUACGUGCUGGCUCUGAACGGACACAAAAAAUACUUCUGUCUCUUUAAGGCGCACUCCACCACGCCGGAGGACGAGAAGCUCUCCGAUGAGGGGGAACUCUGCCCUCCCGGCGGGGACUCUUUAAGGAAGAUUUCCCUGGGCUCCGGGGCGGGCCACAUAAAGAAGAAGCUGAAUAAGCUGUCGCUAUGGAUGGAGCGCCUCCUAGAGGGCUCGCUGCAGAGAUUCUACAUCCCCUCCUGGCCCUCGCUGGACUGACGCUAUGCGGGGGGAGGGGGGUGCGGAGUCCGAUCAAACUGUGAACAUUGAGACGUUCGUCCUGACGUCGGGAUCUUUCACGCCGUUGUGGCGUCAUCCAAUCCUGCCGAUGGGCAAAGACUGAUGGGAUUGGGUGGGGGGGGGGGGAGGGGGCUGCCCCCUUUGUUACGGGAAGUGAGCGCUCCGUACUGACGCCAUUGACUAUCACAUACUGCCUGCUUAUGUCUUAAGUUCUCUUCAGCUACGUCAAAGAGCUUUAAGCUGCCCCCGAGGAGCCCGGUGCGGCCUGAACGUUACAGAUGCCUCGUACCCCCACAGCGACACUAACCCGUCACUUGAUGUUUAUCCACUAGAGGUCCUUAGUGAGUAACCACCAUCUCCACAUCACCCAAGACCUGCUGCUGUAUCUAAACCUGAAACGCUCUGCAGCUGCUGUAUCUAAACCUGAAAUGCUCUGCAGCUGCUGUAUCUAAACCUGAAACGCUCUGCAGCUGCUGUAUCUAAACCUGAAACGCCCUGCAGCUGCUGUAUCUAAACCUGAAACACUCUGCAGCUGCUGUAUCUAAACCUGAAACACUCUGCAGCUGCUGUAUCUAAACCUGAAACACUCUGCAGCUGCUGUAUCUAAACCUGAAACACUCUGCAUCCGCUGUAUCCAACCAUGAUACACUCUGCAUCCGCUGUAUCCAACCAUGAUACACUCUGCAGACGCUGUAUCCAACCAUGAUACACUCUACAGACUGUCUGACCAUGAUACACUCUGCAUCCGCUGUAUCUAACCAUGAUACAUCAUUGCAGCUGCUGUAUCUAACCCUGAUACACUCUGCAGCUGCUGUAUCUAACCUGAUACACUCUGCAGCUGCUGUAUCUAACCAUGAUACACUCUGCAGCUGCUGUAUCUAACCUGAUACACUCUGCAGCUGCUGUAUCUGACCAUGAUACACUCUGCAGACUCUGUAUCUGACCAUGAUACACUCUGCAUCCGCCGUAUCUAACCAUGAUACAUCAUUGAAGCCACGGUAUCUAACCAUGAUACACUCUGCAGCUGCCGUAUCUAACCCUGAUACACUCUGCAGCCGCCGUAUCUAACCAUGAUACACUCUGCAGCUGCCGUAUCUAACCCUGAUACUCUUUAGCUCCGAGGUUGACUGUGGACUUAGCAAUAAGGCACUCCGCUGAUCUGCCGGGAUGAGACGCACCGCAACGCUUUAUAGAUGACGUUCUCCUCCCUUCUGGAAAUGCCGCUCAAUCAUGACGCGAUGGCGCGAAUACCGGAGGGGGGGGGGGGGGGGUGUAUCCUUUUUUUUUUUUCCUCCCCAGAAAUUUCUGUAGAUGUUUUGUGAUUCUUAAGAGCGCGCGGCAUCGCCUGAAUCCCGCCAUGCUGCCAUCCGGAAUUUUCUUUGUAUCAAGGAACAAUGGUCAGGCCUGUGGAUUUAGCGUAGGGUCAUGUGACCUAUUCCGGGAUUAUUCCAGACUGGGCCGCAGUGUAGUGAAUGUAGCUUCUUAUAUUUGGGGGGGGGGGGGGGGGCCACAUACUUAUCUGCAGUCAGUGAGACAAGGAUUUUUGUGUAUUUCAUCUUCAAUGCCAAAGUUUUUGUCAUAGCGGAACGUUUGGAGCGGCGCUGACAGGGAUGCGCCGAUUCUUAACCCCUUCAUUGCUGGAGCCUUGAUAAAUAUACGAAUCCCGAUUCCCCCGCUGUGUUCUCUGGUAUCAGCCGUCGGGUUUAGGUUACUCCCAUUACCUCUAUAGACUUUUUGCCUAAAUCUCUUGUUCUGUAGAUGUUUCUGAUGACUACACAUUUAUGCUGCUGCUGGUUUAUUUUAUAUAUUAUUUUCCGCCGUUCUUUCCAUACGAAGCUACUUGAAUUUUAUUUGUGCGGCUCCUCGAAGCGGCGCACGAUCUAUUCUCUAUGGCAGGAAACUGCGCUGGUCUAUUACUGCCCCAAGUGGACAGUUUGAGAACUACAGUCAGAAAUAAGGGCAGAGAUUUGGGCUGCAGUGAAAGGGCCUCGAUACGUAAGGGCGGUGUUUCCCAACCAGGGUGCCUCCAGCUGUUGCAAACUACAACUCCCAGCAUGCCCAGACAGCCGAAGGCUGUCUGGGCAUGCUGGGAGUUGUAGUUUUGCAACAGCUGGAGACACCCUGGUUGGGAAACACCGCAUUAGGGUUUUGCGGCCGCCUUGCGCUCACUACACCUGAAGCCCCGCCCCCUUAUGUUUCCGUCCCUGUAGCGUAACGCAUGUCUGUCCGGCCUGUAAGGUCUGCAGUAUGAAGAGGUUGUCUGGAAUUGUUGCAUCGCACGAACAAUUUAUUUAUUUAUUUUUUUCCUGAGGCAGUGAAACAGUUAAACUCACUCGCGCUGAGAUCUUUAUUCUUUACAGAAAAUAAAAAACUAAAAUAUAGAAAAAAUAAAUAAAAAAAAUCAAGGAGAUGCUGUAAGAUCCAGUCCGGACGAUCCGUAUGCACUUUUUUUGUUUUUUUGUUUUUUUUUUUGUAGGGAGAAAAUAACUUAUUUUAAUUAAUUAGUGUUUUUUUUAUAUUAUUUUAACUUAUCGUUAUUUGUAUAUUUUUGUUUUUAAAAUAAUUACUGCAUUGGAAACGGAAAUAAACUAUUUUACUG